UUAAUUAUAUUGUAUAUGUAAUGCAAUGACGUCUAGCGUCUUUCAGUCGCGAACUCGUAAUCUCUCGAGAUAAAUUCAGCAUAAUCGGAAACUGUCACAGCGCAUAUCUGAGCCACUUGCAAAAAUGAACGGUAGGUCGCACGUGGACCUGUAUGUGACCACGUACUUUCACAUUCAAAUACUAUACUACACUGUCCUGCGCUCGCAUCACGACGUAAUGCCCGCCUGUCACCUGUAGUAUGCCUGCUUUGAGAUAUACUGUUCCUACAUGGUUGUACCUACCUACCUACUUACUCUGGCAACAAUAUUGUGCUCACUCAUGGUCGCUGAUGUCAGUCUCGAUGUUGGAGCGCGUGCGAACGGAGCCGUUAAAAUCGACGACGACGAGUGAUCGUUCCGUUGUCACUCCUCGAUCUGAACGAUCCGGAGUAGACAAAUGUUGUACAUCGGGCAAAACAUCCACCUGAUGAAGUGAAGCGACCUCGUGGUAGUGAUUGAUAUUGAUAUUCAUCAGCUUCCUUUUUUUUUUCUCUCAGUCGUGGUCAAAUUUGUGGUUUACUACGCAUAUGAUGAAUAAAAUGCCUGUGCGUCAGAAAGUGAAGUAUCCCAAAUCGGUAUUUUUCAUUAUCAGCAAUGAAUUCUGCGAGAGAUUUUCUUAUUAUGGAAUGCGCACCGUUCUGUCGCUGUAUUUAUUUAACAUGUUGGGAUACAGUGAAAGUACAUCUACAAUAAUCUAUCAUGUCUUCAGCAGUCUCGUCUAUUUCUUUCCGUUGAUUGGCGCGAUCAUAUCCGAUUCGUGGCUUGGAAAGUUCAAUACCAUUUUUUAUUUAAGUAUUAUUUACUCACUUGGACAAGUGAUUCUAUCUUUAAGUGCGGCAACUCCCAUCGGAUUGCCCGCAAAAGAAUUUUCCAUAUUAGGUUUAGUCCUAAUAGCGCUUGGUACAGGCGGGAUAAAACCUUGUGUGUCAGCUUUCGGAGGCGACCAGUUCGUUUUACCUCAACAAGAAAAGCAGUUGGCGAUGUUCUUUUCCCUUUUCUACUUCUCUAUUAACACAGGCUCUCUAAUCUCAACUAUACUAACUCCGGUGAUUCGUAAGACAGAGUGCUUUGGCACUGAUUGUUACUUCGUGGCAUUUUUGGUACCAGCCAUUCUAAUGAUUAUAUCAAUUGUUGUAUUUGUCUUGGGGAAAAGAAUGUACAAAAUGGUCAAUCCUACGGGCAAUCUCAUCGUUAAAGUUACCAAAUGCGUUUGCCAUGCAAUCUGCAAUAAAAUUAAAGGCAAAGGAGAAAAACGCGAUCAUUGGCUCGAUCAUGCCGAUGAUGUUUACGACAACAAACUAAUCGAAGAUAUCAAAGUCGCACUGCGAGUCUUGAAACUGUUCGUACCAUUGCCAAUAUUCUGGGCGCUUUACGAUCAACAAGGUUCUCAAUGGACUUUCCAAGCAACACGAAUGGAUGGCCAAAUAGGCAGUAUCGUAAUACUGCCUGAUCAGUUACAGGCCGUCAAUCCGUUGUUGAUUAUCAUUUUUAUACCAAUCUUUGAGACUGGUAUCUAUCCGAUUUUUGCCAAAAUACAUUUCAUUGAUACGCCCUUGAAGAAGCUUGUUGUCGGCGGUCUCUUGGCCAGCGUUGCUUUCGUCGCAGCCGGUAUUGUUGAAAUAGAACUCGAGAAAACGUAUCCACAGUUACCGACAAACGGAUUUGCUCAAAUCCGAAUUUUUAAUACAAUGAAUUGUACAGUGAGUGUAAAAUUAAAUCAAAAUAAGAUAGAUAUAAUAAACCCACCACUAAAUAUGUCAGAAGUUUUAGAAGUAAAAGUAAACGGAUCUACUGAAAUAUCCUACAAAGCAGAUUUCACAGACUGCUACGAUAAUGGUUACACAUCGACGAAAAAUGAAGAAGGUAAAAAUUCUGUCAAGGAGGCCAGUGCAACAUCUUGGGUUAUAACGCCCUUGGGAUUAAAAUAUCAUUAUGAAGACAUGGUGAACAAACCGGAGAAUGGUAAACCGAUGGUCCGCAGUCUCAUCUAUCUUGAAUCUGAAAGUAACGCCACAUUAAAGUUGCUCCGUAAGGACGAAAACAAGACGGUAGUAUCAAUUCCGGUCAAUUUAAAAUUCUCCGAAUCGGAGUUAAAAGAAAUUGAGGAUCCAAGUGAAUAUGACGUCUACCUAGACGAAACACUGCUAGACAAGAAUGUGCCUUUCAAAUCCGGUGGAGUGUACACCGUGGUAGGUUCCAAAGUUAUGUAUAAUAACAAACCGAAGAUUGUUGGCAAAACAGUCACGGUUACGCCACCCAAUUCGCUGCAUAUGGCUUGGAUGUUGCCGCAAUAUGUCAUCAUCACAAUGGCCGAGGUGAUGUUCUCUGUAACAGGUCUGCAGUUUGCUUUUACUCAAGCUCCAGUAUCCAUGAAGUCUCUACUGCAAGCGGGUUGGUUGCUGAGCGUGGCCUUCGGCAAUCUCAUUGUAGUGAUCGUAAAGGGUGCGCAUCCCUUUGAGCGGCUAGUGUACGAGAUUUUCCUAUAUGCCGGCUUGAUGGCGGUGGUAAUGGUGAUAUUUGGCGUCAUGACUAUAUUCUACAAAUACGUGGAAAUACCAGAGGAAGAAGAUAAUGAUGUAGUGUCCAUACCCUUGGAAGAAAAGAAUGGGAAUGUCAAUUUAGCCUAUAAAGAUGAUGAAAAACGAUGA